AGAAACAUGGAGAAAAUAAGAGUUAAAAGAAGAAAGAAAAGGAAAUAAUUUUAGAACGAAGGGACUAUUUAUUUCCUCACGUUUGACGUGAUUUUACUGAUAUUGAAAUAAUAAAAAGAAAUGGUUGUGGCCAAAGGGAAAAAGAACAGAAAGAAACACAAGGGUCAUCCCAUUCGACUGAGAAGAAAGGAGGACAUUGAAACUAGGGGAGGAGAGAGAUCUGAAGGAAGCCGUUGUCUGUCUGGUAAUGGAAGGUGGGUCCCCAGACCAGGAAUCAGUUGGGUCUGGGACAAAAAGGUCCACUUUAUCGUCUGCCAGUAAAUCUCGUAACGGCAAGGAAUUUUUCUACAGAUUUAUUGAUUGUGAAAUUUUUACUGCAAAUCUUGAAGACUGGUUUCAGUCAAUAUAUGAGAAGUCAGCACCAAAGACGCCUGCCUUCGAUGUACCUUUUGAGUUGAUAGAGCUUCAAAAUUUUGACUAUGCUUUGGAAGGGGUUUCGUUCCAACAGCUUAUUCGGAUGCCAAAUGCUGUUUAUGCUUCAACAUCUGAUGCUGCUGAAGCAACUGCUUAUCUUGCUGUUGAAGAUUUUUUACAUGCAACCGUGAAGGGCUUGUGGGAGGCAUUUUGGAGUCAGGAUGAACCCAUGCCUUUCUCUGUUGCCUGUCUUUACAAAGAAAAUUUAAAAUUUUACCAGGCAGAGAAGGCAAUAGCUAGUGGGAAGCUUGGAAGUUUAUGUGCUACUGGUUUAUUGCUUAAGAACCCAAGACAUCCUCAUGGAAAGUGGGACAAUCUUCUCGAACUGGCUCUUUUGAGGCCUGAUAUCCGAAGCCUUGCUGUGGAAAGCGAACAACAUCCUUCUCUGCAUGUUCUAGGUGAGGCUCUUUUUUAUGCUUUGCGCAUGCUCAUAUCAAGAAGGUUAAGUAGACAGAAUUUUCCUCUGGGUUCAAAUUCUGUCUUUGUUCUUCUUGUUGAUUCUCAAUAUGGCGGGGUUGUGAAAGUUGAAGGAGAUGUAAAUAAAAUGGACUUUGAUGUGAAUAAUGUCUAUGAGUGUGCUGCUGAGUGGAUACAAAAGCAUGCUAGAAUUGCUGUAUCUCCAGUUGAUAGGAUCUGGAACAAGCUUGGAAAUGCCAAUUGGGGAGAUAUUGGUGCUUUGCAGGUAACUUUUGCAACUUUUUACUGUAUUAUGCAGUUUGCUGGCCUGCCUAAACAGUCCAUUGAAGACUUAGCUGCUGACCAUGGUUCUCGCCUCCAAACAAGGAGAGUGGAGAGGCAAUUGGGGGAUACUAGAGUGAAUGGGAGUGGUUUAUUUAGGCUCCAGCAGCAUGGUGUCUCUCCCGAAAUUGUUGAAGUUCUGGAUGAAUCUGUCAAAAUUGAGUCCGAGUUGCUAAAGCUGGAAGUAGGAUCUGUAUUAUGGUUGGAGGAUUCAAACUGGGAAAGAAGUUAUCAGAUUAACCAAGUCAGGAGUAAUGGUGAACUUCCUUGUUACAUUGCAUCACCAGUUGAAGACCCAGGAAAGUCCCUCUUUCUCUAUGUGGGUUCUCAUCCUUCUCAGCUGGAACCGGCAUGGGAAGAUAUGAAUUUGUGGUAUCAAGUUCAGAGGCAAAGCAAAGUAUUGACUAUUAUGAAACAGAAAGGCCUAUCUAGCAAGUAUCUGCCGCAAUUAAUUGCAUCUGGAAGGAUUAUUCAUCCUGGUGAGUGUCGGAGACCCAGUUCAGGUGGAAACUGUGAUCACCCUUGGUGUGGCACCCCUAUUCUUGUGACCAGCCCGGUUGGUGAAACGGUUGCUAAUAUGGUUAGUGAAGGUCAAUUUGGUGUGGAUGAGGCUACCAGGUGUUGUCAUGACUGUUUAUCUGCACUUUCUACUGCCUCUUCUGAUGGCAUUAGGCAUGGGGACAUUCAGCCUGAAAAUGUGAUUUGUAUGAGGUCUGGUGAAGGGCAUCCUUAUUUUGUCCUAAUUGGUUGGGGACAUGCUAUUUUGGAAGAUAGGGACCGCCCUGCAAUGAACCUUCAUUUUUCAUCUACUUACGCUCUACAGGAGGGAAAGUUGUGCUUAGCAUCGGAUGCUGAGAGCCUGGUUUACAUGCUUUAUUUUGCAUGUGGAGGUGCUUUGCCUGAUCUUGAUUCUGUUGAAGGGGCACUACAGUGGAGAGAGACCUCUUGGUCUAGGAGAUUGAUUCAACAGAAAUUGGGUGAUGUCUCAACGGUAUUGAAAGCAUUUGCUGAUUAUGUUGACAGUUUGUGUGGAACGCCAUAUCCUAUGGAUUAUGACAUAUGGUUAAGACGGUUGAAGAUUGGUACUCAUGAGGAAGAUCACGGGAAGGAAGUUGACGCAUCUACCUAGAAUUAUGUUGUAAAAGCCAAUCUGGCGUGAAUUAAACGACUCAAUCAUCUUCAUACAAGUAUUUCUUGCUAACUAUGACAGUAUUUUUUACUUGAGAUCUCCGAUACUUGAAGGUUAUUGUUGAACUCAUUGGGUGCUUGGAAUUUCAUCUCCAGGGACCUGACUAUUCAAAAUUAUGGCAGUGGUUGCAAUUCUCCCAUGGACCAACUCAAAUUCAAUAGUAGUUAUAUCUUCAGUUUUCUAUGGAGCUUCUUGGUUUCUGGAAAAAUGAGGCACGCUGGUGAGCAUGACCGAGAACGUGUUCUUGUAGCGUGCUCCUGGACUGGGUUUGGAGGAUAUUCUGAAUUUGUGUGGACGGGGUUCCCACAUUCUGUACAGGAUAUGAAGGAUUAUUUCGUGGUUUCUUGUUUUCAACUUUUUUGUCUCUCCUUUGUAAAGAUACAAGCAGUCUGGUAGCCAUUCCUGUUGGCCUUGUAACAGGUCUGAUGUUUGACAAGAUGAUCGAAAGGACAUCAUCAUUUCCUGUAAAUGAAUCGUGAAGUAGAGCUAUGACGUUUCUGAUUUCGAUUGAUAAUGUUGUUGCCAGUUGUUACAUCUUUUUGGGUCGUCCAAGUCUUUUGCAAAUCUUAAUUGUUAUUUGUACAACUCUUCAAUUUUCUACUUUUCUUGGCCAGCUCUGCCAUUUCAAUAACUAUCAUAGAAAGUAGCUUUUAAUUUUAUGUUGACACGGGCGCAUGCAUACACACAUAUAUAUAUAUAUAUAUAUAUAUAUAUAUAUUACUUAUUAAUCUGCAUGUGUGUCGAGCUUUGUUGUAGAAUAUUUUUUUUAUUUAUGAAUAUUUGUAUU